AGGUGGAGCUUCAUGGAGUUCCUCUUGCUUGCAUUUACAGUUAACCAAGCUUUUGACAUCCAGUUCUGAGUGCAGGCGUCUGUUCUGUCAUGGUUUACAUCACUGACUUCCCUCUGGAUCUCAGCUGAAAGUCUCCUGCUGCUGUCAAAGAUGACGGGGGUCCAGCUCCUGGCCUGUGUGUGGACUCUGGUCAUCACACAACCUGUGUUGGUGCUCAGUGAGAUUCAGUUCCUGGAGAGGUAUGAGGGCGAGUCUGUGGUUCUUCCGUGUGUCGUUCAGCAGAAACAUCCCCCGCCCUUUGCCAUGUACCUGAAACGCAGCGGUCUGCAGAAGAGCGAAGUGCUCUUCAUGCACACGGAGGAGAACGCCUCUCUGACCAACAAAGACGACCAUACCCGCAUCAGUACCAGUGGUGACCCCAGCGUCCACUCCCUGAACGUGACCAUCUCCCAGCUGAGGGUCAGCGACACGGACCGCUACCACUGUGAAUUUAUUGUUCAUAACAUAUCAUUUGAAGACGAUAAGACACCUGGAGACACUGAAUUCGUCCUCAUUGUCACAGCUGCUGCUCCUGGCUCUCUGGACAUAGGGUUGAUAGAGACAUGUGCCAGGGGCUCGGUCGUGCUCCCCUGUCUCCCCCCAAACGGGGACGGCCAGGCCGUGGAGGGUGUGAGUCUGAAGCGCCAGAGGGGCCGGGCUCCAGUGGAGAUGUUGUACAACUCAAAGCGUCACCAUGGCAGCAGCUCUUCUCCCACCUCGUCCUCCUCUCAGUUUUCCACUGGGAGGGUCCAGCUGUCGUCCGCGCCCGGCCCCGGCGGCCUCACCUACCAGCUCACCCUGCAGCAGCUGCAGCCGGAGGAGAGUGCCUUGUACAGCUGCCAGCUGCUGGUGCGAGGCAGGGCCGUCACCAGCUCCAGUCUGGGGAGACAAGUGUUCUUUGUUUCUGUGCAAGGCGGUCACUGCAGCUGCUCCAGCUACUCCACCCUGCUGUACGCCCUGUCCUCAGCUGUAGCCGUCCUCUUCCUCCUCCUCCUCCUCAUUGGAUUUCUGGCGACUCGUAAAGGCAAAGCUCCCCGCAGUGUCAAGGCACGCCCUCAGGCCCCCAUCUACGAGGAGAUGACUGGGGUGAAGCCUCUCACCCGAAAAGUGGCCCCUCACCAUCUGGAGGAAAUGGAGUGCUCUGAGUACACAAACUGCUCUGUGAAGAAACUCGUCCCUGAGAACCAUUAUGAAAGUCCCAGCUCCUGUACCAGUGAGAAGUGUCAGGACUGAACUGGAAUGGUACUGAAGAAUGCUCUUAUAACAUUGUGAGACAGGGCAUUUUCUCUGAUUUCUCUGAGAAUAAGUCAUUGAUCAAUGUAUAAAAAACAAUCAAGCAUAUUUAGAGGAAUGAUAUUUAUUAGUUUUGGCAAUUUGGUGUAGAUCCAAAUAACAAUCUAGAUCUAGUUAAUUUGAAUGUAAUUUCAAAGGGAACACUGUAAAAUAGUGAAACAUAUUCUUGGCUCUGUACCAAUAUUGAAUGGGUUAUUUUUGUGUCCGGGGCCCCACCCCUCCACAGUAUGUUAUAGAAAUUCAGUAGUUUUUGAAUCAUCCAAGUGCUGCUAAAAACGAAACCUUUUUUGGUGGAGGUCAAAAUGUAAACCCUGCUUAGCAGCAUUAUGAACUAAACCAACUCUCCAGCUCAGCUGCUUGAAGAUUGUUUUUAUUUUCUGUAAAUUUGGUCAAAAGAGUGUUUGUACUUUGACUUAAGUUUAUAUUGCAAUGUCAACAUUUCUUGUGAUGUGAUGCUUUUAGAAGUUUGUAUUAAAAAAAAUUUCAAA